CCCAAUAGAAUCUUGCCACGUGUUCAAUUCAUCAAUGUGCACAAUCUAGGAGCUUUACUUAUGGACCUUGUGUAGGCCCGAUGGGCUUUGAUGUUUAAGGGGUUAGGAAUGUAGCCCAUCGUUUAUAAUUAAACUAUAACGGCAUCGUUUUGGUCUCACCCAUUCAUAACAUAAAUAAGCUGUUGUGGUUUUCACGUGGGGCUUAGUGAUGAGAGCUGAAUAUGGUGGUCGUCUUCUCCUCCUCCCACUGUCCGAAUGAUGCACACCUCCUGGUCUCUGUGAACCCUAACGGAUUAAAGUCCAUCAAUUUUCCUCAAAAAUCGAGUAAAACCUACCUCAAGUUUCAUUCUGAUCAUCGGAAAAUCGCGCAGCUCCGUUGCUCAUCCUCAAACGGGUCACCUUCAAAUUCCGACCCAGAUUCCCCGCAAGAUGGAGAGGUGGAGAAUUUAGGAGUUAAAGCUGCUUUAGCGAUGCUGAGAUUCUACAAGAGGGAGAUAUCGCCGGUGAUACCGAGAAGUUGCAGGUACGUGCCGACGUGCAGCGAAUACUCCAUGGAAGCUUACAAGAAAUACGGAGUUGUCAAAGGCACUGCUUUGACGGCGUGGCGUCUUUGCCGCUGCAAUCCUCUUGGUGGGUCUGGAUUCGAUCCUCCCAGAUGGUUUGGUGAGACCAGGCUGGGCGAAGAAGAAGAAGAAGAUGGAGCCGAUAAUGAAAACAAUCAGCAAAUUACGAUGAAAUAGCGACUAAUGAAUAAAUAUAGAUUUGAAUAUCCAAUAUAAAUGCAAAACUAUCCUGUAAUAAUAUUGAACCAAAAGGAACGGAAACC